UGUCUUACGUUGUUAUAUUUCACUCUCCCUCACAUCCACACGUCGUUCCUAACCACAAACAAUUCAAACAACACGCAAAAACUGAAAAACCAAAUCAAAUCCUAAACAACAAAGGAAAAGGAGGAGAAGAAUUUACAAAUCAGUGGUGAAAAAAGGGUAGGGGAAAUUCACCAUCCUCUCCCUUUUACCAUAGAGAGAAAGAAAAAUUGAAAUGAGGGUUUGGAGACAAGCAACAGGAAUUAUAAAAGACAGAAACAGCAUUUGGAAUGCAAAGUUUUCAAGAAAGGGUCCAUGGCGCAAUCCUGAUCUUGAAACCAUUAUAAUCAAAGCAACAAGUCAUGAUGAAAACCGUAUUGAUUGUAAGAAUGUGCAAAGAGUUUUCAAAUGGUUAAGAACCUCUCCUUUGUAUUUGAAGCCUCUUGUUUGGGCUCUAUCCAUUAGAAUGCAGAAAACCAAGAGUUGGGUUGUGGCCCUUAAAGGUUUGAUGCUCAUUCAUGGCGUUUUCUGCAUUGGUAUCCCUAUUGUACAAAAAAUGGGUAGGUUACCAUUUGAUUUAUCAAACUUCAAUGAUUCUUAUUUGAACCCUUCACAAGCUUGGGGUGUGAAUGCUUUUGUACGUUCUUAUUUCGCUUAUUUGGAUCAAAGAUCGGCUUUUGUUUCCUCCGAGGUUAAGAAUUUAAGGAAGAACAACAAUAAUAACAAAGGUGAGGAAGUUGAAGAGACAUUGAUGGAGGAGCUUGAGAAGUUGCAAAAGUUGCAAGCAUUGAUUGACAUGCUUUUGCAAAUCAAACCAAUGCAUAUGAAUAUGAGUGUUGGUCUUGUUCUCGAAGCGAUGGAUUGUGUCAUAGUUGAGGUUUUUGAUGUUUAUAGUAAGUUUUGUAAAAAUAUUGCAGGAGUUUUGAUGAGGAUAUAUGAUGUUGGUGGAAAAAUGGAAGCUUGUGUUGGUUUAAAGGUUUUGCAAAAAGCAAUUGUUCAAGGGGAUGAAUUGGCUUGUUAUAUUGAGUAUUGUAGGGAUAUUGGUGUUCUUAAUGCUUCUCAAUGUCCUAAGAUUGAAAGAAUUUCUGAAGAAGAUAUUCAAGAUCUAGAGAGGAUAAUUAGUGGUGCUUAUUAUGCUAAUAAGAAAAGCAUGGAGGGUGUUAAUGAUGGUGUUGAAAAUGAGAAGAAUCAAGAUAAGGCCAUUGUGGUAAGAGAUAGCUUGCACCACAAGGAAUUAUCAGAUAAUGGUUUGACAACAGUGAUUACACAUCAAUGGGAGAUGUUUUUGGAUGAGACAUUGGUUGAUGAUGAUGUUAAAGAAAGUAGUGUCAUCAAUGGUGAAAAGGGUAAUAAUGUCAUAACAACCAAUCCUUUUGAAGAAUCAUAUAGCCUUGUACCUUAUUGUCAUGUUCAUGUUAAUCAAGUUCUUCCUGACCUAAUUAGUUUGUAGAAGAAGUAAUUUGUUAUUCCACAACCCUACUUCUGUGUUAGGAAAAUCUGUUACAUGUGAAAAUCAUGUUACUAUUACUAUUGUUAUAUGAUAAUUAGAUACUAAAAUUAAUGAGAACUUAUUGUCAUUAUACUC